GUGCGACCAGAGCCAUGCUGGCGGCGGAAGGUUCCGAUGAGUCGGAGCGAUCGUUGAGGAUUAAAUCCCUCCUCCAUGAGUUGGAUGGCUUGCCCGACACGGAGCUCCGCGAUCUGCUGCUUCAGUUGAAAGAAAUACGCAGACUGCGCAUGCAGUCGUCUAAAAGGAAUACCGCAGAAAUUCCGGUGGGACAGUUGACAGAGAACGAAUUGCUGCAGAUAUCAAACUCAGUCCCUCAGCCGGUGCGCAAAAAGCCGCAUUUCAUUCCCUUAGACAUACCGCACGAUUUGAUCCGUGUCAAGCUGCCGAAACCAGGAGACGUGUUCGGAGUUUCCAGGCCGCGCGGGGUCAAUAAAAUCCUCGGGGAUAGCUCUGAAGAGAGAGAUGACGAGGAGAAGAGACAAGAUUCCGCGAACAAUGUCGAGGAAGAAGAUGAUCAUUCCAUACGAAUGGGAGACGAAUUCCCAGAAGCUCUCGACUUUGAUCUCGUUGAUUGAGAGCGCAGCUGGGGAGAAACACUGAGGAGAAGAUACACUAGAAGGCUCUGGAUGUAGACGUUCAUCAAGCUGAUCGUUCUCUCGAUUCUCAGCUUUGAAACUAACUCGACGGAACUUCCCGUGAGAGAGCGAAAAUCAGAUGAGCUCAUCUGAUUGGCAUUCUGUAUGCAAACAUGCAAAAGCGUUGAAUAAAACGGGGAUCGCUUGUUGUCCGAA